AUGCUUCUUCUUCAAUUUACCGGGUGGAGUUCAGCGGUGGACCCGUCGUUUUGGCACAAAAUUGCCGAGUUAAAACUGAAUCGAAUGCACCUGUCCGAGAAAGAAAUCGAGUGCGAGAGCGAGUUUCACAUGUCGAGAAACGACGGCGUGGACGUGCCGAUGUUUGUGAACGGAGGGAACGUUCUUGCGGACGAAGAUGAUGCGAAUGGUGCUUAUGGUGGCAAGAACGACAAGAACGACGGCAUUAUUGGAUGUUGGCGCGCUCGAGGCGACGCGAUGAACUUCAACGUGAAAGAACGUUUGUUUGAAAUGAAACCGAACGAGGAGGCGAAGAGGAUAGGGCAGGAUCUCUUGGACGCGAUGAAAACGAUGGAUGCAGAUGUAGUCGUAAACAGAUUGAACACGUUCAGAGUGUUUAUGCACGCGGAUUUGAAAAAAUGGAAGUUUUUCUAUUGGUUCUUUUUCCCGAGCGUCAUGUUUGCGCCGUACGAGUUUGUGGAGAAGAGGAGCGGGGACGAGGAGGAGACUUUGUGCGGGAAUGAGAAUGCGAAGAGCAGAGCGGAGUGCAUGAAAUCGUGGCUGGAUAAGCCGCAAAGUGAUUUCGCGUGGUGUGUGGAAACCGUCAGAAAAGAGAACAAUACCUACGUUUCUUCCAAUCACGCGUUGUCCAAGUUUAUGGAGCUGUGUAAAGAUGUUACCUUAACAGAAGGUGGUACGGAUAGAACGCUGGAGAUUUGUUUCGUCGACACCGCGACGGGAGAUGCGCCGAGCAUUUCUCUUCUCAACGUGCUCACAUUUUUGGACGUUCGAUUCCAACGAACGAAACCGAUCGACGUCGCGUGUAUUCGCGCAAACAAUAAAGGUAUUUUCGAGUUCAAAACGUGUUUGUUUUUAAAGCAGGUUCAACCGCUCAAGAACGAAGUUCUCGAAAAUAUUAACACGAUAGGAUUUAAAUGCAUAGGAUGGGAGCGCGACGAUAAGAACAGACUGAAACCGAGGAAAGCAGAUUUGUCCAGCGCGAUGGAUCCGGAGAAAUUAGCCAGAGAGGCGGUCGAUUUGAACUUGAAACUCAUGCGAUGGAGACAAGCACCCACAUUACACGUCGACGCUAUUUCGAAAUCGAAAAUUGUAUUAGUCGGGGCAGGCACUUUGGGAUGUUCAGUCGCGCGAACGCUUCUCGGUUGGGGCGUUCGAAACAUCACGUUCAUCGACGACGGACGAGUGUCCUUUUCAAAUCCCGCGCGGCAAAGUCUCUUUACGUUUGAAGACUGCUUAGAUGGAGGCAAACCGAAAGCUCGAGCGGCAGCGGAGCGUUUAAAGGACAUCGUGCCAGAUAUUAACGCAAACUAUAUAGAAAUGCGGGUACCGAUGCCAGGUCACGCGGUCGCCGAGGUUGAACGCGACGAAGUUCUCGAAUCGAUCGAUGCCCUCGAAAAGGAGAUUCGAAACGCCGACGCGGUCUUUUUAUUGACGGACACGCGAGAAUCGCGAUGGUUACCAACUGUCUUAUGCGCUGUGCACAAUAUUCAGUGCUACAACUGCGCGUUAGGCUUCGAUACCUACCUCGCCAUGCGCCACGGCGUCCCGACCGACGCCCUCUCCAACCGCAAAGGAUGCUACUUCUGUAACGACGUCGUCGCUCCAAUCGACUCCACGCGCGACCGGUCUUUAGACCAACAGUGCACUGUCACGCGUCCAGGAUUGGCGCAAAUUGCCGGCGCGUUAGCCGUCGAACUUUGGGUCACCGCGAGCGAAGAGGCUCGUCGAAAAGAUGAAAAAUCAAACGCCUCCUCCUCAAUCUUCGGCAUUCACGACGAUCUCGCCGAACACGAAGCGAGCGAAAUCCCUCACCAAAUCCGAGGCUCACUCCGUCAAUUCACCCAAACCAUCUUCCAAGCGCCUCCGUUCACCAAUUGCGUCGCGUGCUCCGAAAACGUCCUUCGCGAGUACCGCGAAAACGGGAAAGCGUUUCUUCUCUCUGUCUUUAACAGCGAUAAAGGAGACGUGUUAGAGCUCGCGUCCGGGAUUCGAGAUUUGUUAAAAGGACUGCGAGAGGAUGAUGGUGAGGACGACGACGACAACGACGGGGACAUAUUCGGCGCGUGUUCGGAGGAGGAGGAUUUUUAG